AUGUCAACAUUCAGCUUCUCCUUCUCAGGAGAUGACAUAGAAGAAGACUCCCCAAAUCCCACUGCCGAGAUCGAGGAAAGAAAGCAUGUCGCUGAGUCGGGCACCCUCCAACGCCCCUCGCCUUCAGUCUCAUCAGCGUUCCCCAUUUCCGGGCAGCCACUGCUACCACCCAAGUUAUGCUCUCCCACCGAUCUCUUAGCAACGCUACCGUCGAAAAUUGCGUACAGUACGCUGAGAAUUAAGCUCGAUGACGGAAGCGAGGUGAAGAUUCCCAGGAGGGAACUGUGGGAUGUUAGGGUACAGCUUAUGGCGGAAGAUGAGGGCAGCGGGGAGGGCAUGGUGGGGCUAGGCAAAGAUGAUGUGAAGACUGGAGUGUAUGAAGGUGGGUUCAAGAGCUGGGAGAGUAGUGUCGAUGUUGUGAGGGUUUUGGCUUCCCGGCCGGAGCAUUGGGCGUUCGGAGGAAAGGUGUUGGAGCUCGGAUGUGGGACUGCUUUGCCGACACUUGCAGUUUUGCAGUGGGUGUUGAAGAUCAGAGAUGAAGGUGCAGAGGGGAAAGGAUUGAGUUUGGGACUGGCGGAUUAUAACUCGAGUGUGUUGCAGCUUGUUACGUUACCGAAUUUGAUGUUGUCUUGGGCACAAGUCACGAGGACGGAGGGAUGGGAGGAGGAAGGGGAGCUGGAGAUUGAUGAGGAUCUUAUAGAUGCUUUCCUGGCAUCUCUAAGGAAUGUGAACCUUACGCUGUCUUUCUUCUCUGGAGCUUGGGGCCCGGAGCUUGUCAGGUUGGUAGGAGAAAAUAUGAGGUCAGUCUCCAGCCAGAUUACGAUCAUUGGCGCGGAAACGAUAUACUCACCGUUCGCUCUGAAAUCCUUCGCGGAAACUCUUCUGGGUCUGAUGGCUUCGAUGGAUGGGGAAAAAAAGACAGCCUUAGUGGCAGCAAAGAAGGUCUACUUUGGAGUUGGUGGAUCGAUGGAGGACUUCUGCGAGAUGGUCAGAGCUAAAGGUGCUCUUGUUGGACAGAUCAGAGAAGAAUCUGAUGGAGUGAGGAGAGCGGUGGUCGAGGUGAAAAUGACUGGAUCUUGA